AUGCGCGCUCGAGGUGUAGUCAUUAUCGUUGCGUUACUUUCUCAACUAUCUCAUAUCGAUGCUGGGAAACCGAAUUGUCCAGAUGUGAGAAAAUAUGGCUCGGGACCACCGCAGAGUUGUACACCACCGAGCGAUCCAAACAACAAAAGUCCUUCAAAACUUGAGGAAUGGUUUACCAAAGAAAUGUUUGAAGAUCUCUUCCCGUAUGCGAACAUCGGAUGGGGUCCCAAUAAGUGCUGGCCAUAUUCGUAUGAAGCGUUCGUGAUAGCGGCACGCUAUUUCCCUAGGUUUGGAACGUCGUCACCAAAUUCAGUUUAUACACCUGAAGAGAACACUCGACGCGAUGUGGCUGCUUUCUUUGCACAUGCAAUACAAGAGACUGGCGCUAAUGAUGCAUCAGUUUAUACCGGAAGAUCUAAGGAAGAAGCUGAUGACUGUUUCUAUCGAGGUGGUCUGUACAACUGGUUCGAAGGUGGUCCAGUUUCAGGAUUUCUUGAUUCGGCAUCGCCUGGUUCCAAGCCUGAAGAUGGAAAAAAGUGCAAUGCGGCUGGACGACUUGGCAUAAGGCAAAGCCAGAGCCUAAACGUACAUCUAAUUCAGCUGGAUGAGGCUAGAACCCACGCGGGUGUACCGUCAUACUCAUCAUAUUGCGUACAGAGUCCUCAAAUCGAUUAUUUCUUCUCGUGUGAUGGCAGCGAUAAAACGGCAGAUGGUUUCUACACAGAUUGCUAUUUUGGUAGAGGAGCGAUUCAGAUUUCCUACAACUACAACUACGGUCAGUUCGGGCAAUGGCUCCGUGCGAACGGCAUCGAUGUUGAUCUGUUGGCUGAACCGAAUUUGGUGAUGACCAAGAUGGAUCCUCCCCUCGCGUUACUCGCUUCGUUGUGGUUCUAUAUGACUCCGCAACCACCAAAACCCGCAAUGCACGAUAUUGUACUAGGCGAUUGGACUGCGGGAUCAGUGAACGAAGCGGCUGGUUAUUCGGGACCGAUAUUUGGACCGACGAGUUUGAUCAUAAACAACGAAUGCAAUGGUGAAGAUGAAGGAGAGCCUGGAGGUCCUGGGGAAAGCCGUCGCAUCAAAGCGUUCAAAUGGUUUUGCAAAUACUUCAAUGUUCCAGCUGGUAAAGAUGAAGAGCUGACAUGCAAAAGCAUGCCUCAAAAACUGGAUCAGAUACAGCAUAAUCUCAGUUAUCAGCCUGACUGGUCAUCAAGUUGGAAGGAAGAACCAUGCAAAUGUGCACCUGCUUCUUAUGCCGGCAUGAUACCGUAUUUCGAUGCCAAUUACUACCCCAAAGAAUUUGUCGCGUUGAACGAAGACAAUCAAAAGCGUUGUGUGGAGAGUGUUUACGGCAAUCCGAGCAUGUACAGUAUGGACUCUUCAUCGAGUGCAUGUCUCAAGCAUCCACAGAACUAA